AUGGAAGAAAACGCUAACUUUUUGGCUACAAAGGGUAUGAUAUGGAAAAAUACUAUACCAAGAGCACCAUGGGGGGGUGGUGUAUAUGAAAGACUUAUAGGACUCACAAAAAGGGCAUUAAGAAGAGCAAUAGGAAGAAAACUUCUAAAGGAAGGAGAAUUAAUAACAUUAAUAGUUGAAAUAGAAGGAAUCCUUAAUACCCGUCCAUUAACUUAUGUAGGGUUUGACGACUACAGAAUCAUUCGUCCAAUUGAUUUUAUAUCACCUAUGGCUUCAUUAGAUCUACCAAUAAAUUAUGAUAGUGACCAAGAUGAAUAUACCCCUUAUACAAUAAAGACUAAAGAUAAAUUAGUCAAGUAUUGGACUACCACUCUUAACACAUUAGAUGUCUUUUGGAAGUUGUGGAAAGAAGAAUAUUUUACAAGUCUUAGAGAACGCACACAAAGAGAAUUAAAAUCACCUAGAAUAAUAGAAAAAAGAGUACCACAUGAAAAUGAGAUAGUAUUAUUAAAUGAACCAGAAAUACCUCGUGGUGUAUGGAAAUUGGCAAGGAUAAUAAAAAUUAAUCGAGGAUGGGAUGGAAAAAUAAGGAGUGCAACAAUACAAUUACCGAAUGGAAAACAAAUCGAUCGAUCAAUAAAUAUGCUUUAUCCUAUGGAAAUAGAUGCUACUGAAGAUAAAGAAGAAAAAGUGGAAGAUGAACCAGAAGAACCCAUUGCUCGACGAACCAGAAGUGCUAAAAAAUCACAAACUACAAUCUACGCUAAGGACUGGUCUAAUCUUUUGAUAAAAACUUUAUCAUUAAUAACGAUGAUGUCAUUAAUACCAAGACAGGUAUUAGCUAACAAUAGCUGUAAUUGGAUUACUGGAGUACCCUUUAAUAUUCCUGAAAAAUGGAAUUGUGAAGAAAUUAUUCACAAAAAUGCUACAUAUCACAAAGUGGAUGUGUACACACGCACCCAUGUAAGAAUACCAGCUAUAAAAUGCAGCAACAUUACACGGACUGUAUGCACGAAAGCCUUUCUCAGAAUAUCGCUAUCGGUAGUGUCAGACCAUACGUCUACUACCGCAACUUCUUCACAAUUCUGCAGAUAUUUAAAUAUUCGAAAACAAAUGAACGGAAUUGGACUGAUUCAAUCUUCUCCUAAUCAAUGGAUAACGAAUAAGGAAAUACAAUACUCCUAUGGAUGGUUAGGAGUUAACUGUCAAUCAACUUCAAACUUCAUAUUAACUCAAGGAGAAAUUCUCAUCUACGAUGGAAGAGGGGCGAUAUAG